AUGUCUCUUAUGGAGAGUUACACUACCAGUGGUGAAACUUCAAAUUCCAUAAAGUCAAAAAGCAAUCGAAUAAAUCCGCUUGUUUAUGUUACGGAUUCGACGAAAAUAAAUUCACCAUCUUUAACCGAUGCACCACUAGUGUUACUAAACGGUACAUCGCAUGAAAAUCCUACGAAAACACACUCCACUGUCAAUUUAGUGCAAAAACACAUCAUAAGUUCUAUAUGCAGUUCCUCAACCUCAGAUCCAUUUCAAGAAAAUUUUUAUUCCAAUAUCCUAUCAACUUCUAAUUCAAAUCCUAAUAAUAUCCAUAGGAUGAAUACAGAAAUCCCUUGGAUAACCAGUCUACCUACUAUUUCAUCAGUUGCCACUGGUCUAAGACGAGCUGUAGCAGAUCGUGGUAUUACUUCCACAGAUUUAUGUUCAAAUUUAGACGAACUUUCUUCAGAAUCACGCUUUACAAAUCCAUCUUAUCCUCACAAAAUUAUCGGAUCUCACAGAUUAUCAGAAAAUGUUUUGACAUCAGUUAAAGAUAUUUUGUGUAUUAAUGAUGAUAAUGAUGGUAUUCAUUGUAGAUUGUCACAAAAAUUACCAGUUUUAACACCAUGUAAUCCUGAACAAGCUCCUGAUAUUCUUAUUCAUUACGCUAUUCAAGAGAAUCACGAUGCUGUUCAAAUGAAUGGUUCAUGUAGUGGUUUUGGCGAUGACGUGGUAGCAUUGUCAUCUACUUCACGAUUGUGUACCAAUGAUUCAUCUGGUUUUGGCAUAAGAAAGGCUCUUACUGAACUGUAUUCUUCUGCUCUUCCAAAUCUACCUACCGUCAGAGAGUGUAGAAUUUUAACGCCUGAUUUAUCAUCAGUUACUGAAUCAACACCAACUGAUGGUAAUCCGUGUGAUGAAAGUACACAAACGACUCAUGCUCAUCUUUUUGUUAGCUGUCAGUUGACUACACCGCGAGAUAUUUCGGAUCACCUAUUAGAUAAUCAUUUGAACCCGACUUCCAUCGCUGGUCAGUCACCUGGAUCCUCAGGGAUUCGUAACAGCGAUAGUAUAUUAAUCAGAAACGAUGUCUGUCUAUCGCAUCCACCGGAUUCUCAUACCAAUGGCAAUUUAUGCGAUCAUCAGUUCGAUGAAAUGUAUUGUACACUUGGUAACCAGUUUUCUGAUAAGUCAUUGUUACUUCAAUCAAACAGUAGAUCUACAACAACCAGUCAUUUAAUCCCCUGCAUUAAUCCUGUAUGUGAUUCCUUUCUGGACGCUCAUAUGUUGCAAAGUUUGAGAUCACCUGGAAUACUAAGUGCUGAUUUAAAUCAGGUAUCCGUUAAUUCUGUGCCUAAUCUCACAGCAAUUCCUUCAUUUUUAUCUAAUGAAAAUAAUGGUGAUCUUGAUCAGAGAAAUACUUGUUUUCGACGGUUAUCAAAUUCCAAGUCAGAUACAGUAGAUAUAACUUCACUUCCUACAGUGACCAGUUGUUUAAAUUCUUUCUUUGCUACACCAUUAUCAUUAGUCACUCAUUCAAACUGUCUCCAAAAUCCUAAUCGUCACCUUGGAGGGAAUAAAAAGUCACAUAUGAAUACUUUGAAUACUAAUUCUGGACUUGCAGUUGUGUGCGAUAGUAGUACAGAUAUAAUACCGAUACAAGGUAUGUUCGAUGAUACAAGUAAAAACAAUAUAAAGCGAUCACGUAACUUAAGGGGACGUGGAAGCUCAGAUGUGUCUUGUAAAAUCCAUUCUAGUGUUUAUAAUUAUCUGAAUUAUUCAGCCGCAAACCCACAAGCAUAUCGUGAGUAUUCUAAUAAACGUUUCACCGGGAAAGUUGAGUCUUUGGUUACUGGUGAUGCGGAUGAUAGUAGUGAUCAUUCAGAAUCAAUUAGCACAGGAACUAGUCAUGCUGUUAGGGAUAACACUCCAGUAUCACCUUCAGGUGAAGAUGAACAGCAUCAUUUAAAAUUGGAAAGAAAGCGUGCUCGUAAUCGUGUUGCUGCACGUCGUUGUCGUGAACGUAAAAUAUCACUUAUCAGAUCGUUAGAAAAUCAAGUAGCUGAACGUGAUGCCCAAGUAAGAAAUUUAGAGAAUACAGUAGCCCGGUAUAAAGCUGAAGGUGAACAAUUAAGACUACAUGUAGAAAUGCUAGCUAAUUCAUAUCCUAGUUUAAAAGCUGAGUUAUAUCAGUUCCCUUUUCUUUUCCAACCAUUAUCGUCGCAUGCACUACCGCCUCAGCAGCAACAAACUUCUAGUCAAACUACUCCAUUAAAAUCAGAACUUCCAGAUACAUCAUCGUCAAAACAGUUCAUUUGA